AUGGCCUCCACGACCAACAGCUGUCCUUUGCCCAGUGGCUGUAAGAUAUUCACCAAGAUGCCCGAUCUUCUCUUCAUCCCAGAGUUUGUGGCUGGUGGUCUGGUGUGGACUCUGGUGGCCUCUACGAAAGUAGCGUUUCCCAACCCUCAAGGCUGGGUGAUGUUUGUGUCCAUCUUCUGCUUUGUCCUCACCAGCAUCUGGCUCUUCUCUUUCCUCUGCAGUCUCAACCAGAAAGGUUCCUAUUGGCCAACACUGGACGUAGCUUAUCAUGCCAUCGCUGCUGCCUUCUACCUCAGUGCGGCUGUUCCACAGGCACUGGUGACCAUCUCCACGAACACCUCCGCAACACAGAUUCGACAGUUAAACAUCGCAGCAGUGGUGAUGGCCUAUGUUGCUACCCUGCUGUAUACUAUACACACAGUCUUCUCAGCCAUUCGGUGGAAAUCAUCCUGA